AUGACCCACUGCCCAAACACAGAUAAUAAUGAAGGGAAGAUGCAAGAAUUAGAUGAAUCAAAAGUUCACCUCCAAUUGAAUCCAAGCAAGUUAAAUGAUCGGAAAAAUGAAAAUCGGCUAACAAUAGAUGACAAUACUUACAAUUAUGGUGGAUUUUUAUGGACCAAUAAAACAAAGAAUCAAUCCCAUAUGUCAGAAGCAAAAGUGAGGUGCACCAAGAUUGCAAUAGAGGUUCAGAAGCAAAAGUGUCCAAGAAAUACGUUGAGGCAAUACCUCUUGAGAGUCCCGGCUGUGUGUGACAGGCUUGUUGUCGUUAUUUUCAAGAAGUAUGUGGCGAAAGCGACUGUUGGGCACAUCUUUGAUAAUAUGCCAUUUGACGGGAAACUGACCACUCCACCUAUCCUGCUGCUGCCAGUAAUCAGCAUCAUUCUCAAAGUCAACAGGCCCAAUCAUCUCAGCUACACCACAAAAUUGGCCACUAGCAUUAACCUGCAGGUCAUUACAACUGCAAUCAUCAAAAGAACAAAUACACCAAUAUGA